AAUUGACCUUUUUUUUUUAACAAUUGCUAUUAUUAGAUUACCAACAGCAACAACAGCAACCACACAAUCAUUACUACAAUCAUCAUCACCAUCAUCUUCUUCCUCAAGCAACAAUAAGAACAACAAUAGUAACAGCAGUGACGAGAACAUGCAGAUCCGCAUACUUGGCAUUUCGGAGAAUGGAGCUAAAACCCGAGUAGAAACACAGAUCAAAUUAUGUGUUCAACUAGUGUCGAGUCAAGGCACCAAAGUACCUCACUGGUCGUUCAUUCGACUUCCCGAAUUCAUGUUGGCACGAUCCAAGUUACGCAAAACACAACAACGCAAACUCUCGGCCAAGCACUAUGCCAUCGAAUGUGAUGAAUCCAAAGUCCUUGAACUUACUGCCAAAGUCAUUUGCGCCAGUGAUCCUGCCAAAAAGUUACGAAUGUGUGCCGGUUGUGUUCGUCGAGAGCGUAAACGUGCAGAACGCAAAAAGGACAGUCAUUCAACAGAUGCGGCUCUUUCGGCGACCAUGUCGGAAGAUGCAUUCGAAAAAGAGCGCGACCGGAUUCUACUGUUUAACUGUGAACCACUGGUGGACUUUAACUCGGGUGAUACGAUCUUGCCUACACGAAUCACUUGCUAUUGUCGACAUCACAAUGAGCGGGUAGGGUUCCGAAUACGAUUUUCCUUGCAUGAUUGCAAUGGGAACGUGGUUGCUACGGGCGAGACACCAUCUAUCAUGAUUACCGACGAUCAUAAAAGUACUAAACAGCCACCUCCCCCGCCGAGUAACAGUAUCACACCAGCAGCAGCGGGCCGAAAACGGCAACGCACAGAAUAUGCACCAGCGACGCCGGCAUCUUCGAGACGUGGCUCCAUAUCCACCGCUGAUUCAUCAUCUUCUUACAGCACACCCCGACAAUCUAUUAUCAAUCUAUUCCCUCACCCAUUGACAAGCGAUCAGCAGCUCUCGCUCGAUCAAAUCAGUCCAUUACCAACUCCAGCAGAAGAACGUGUGUCUUCUAUCUUUGGAACCGAUACCACAUCAACGACUUCAUCGACAACAACGGCAAUCGCUACGACAGCAUCAUCAUGGAGUAUACCACAGCAUUUGUAUGCAUCGGGCUCGUCUAGCACGAUGAACAACACUCUCGACUUGACAACAGCAGGAACAGAUCACAUGUUACCACAAACACCGGGAGCAUUAUUUGGCCACCAUCCUAGCAGUAUUUCAGCAAUGAUACCCACCAGCACCACUACUACUCUGAACCAGUCCAACUUAGUUCCUUCUCAUAGAAGUACCACCUCCACUUCUUCAAUGAACGUCGCCCCUACUAGUGCCACACCUUCAACUCCUUCACCAGUAACUCCAUGUAAUUCGCAACAAAACCAUAUAGUAUCACUAUUAAGUCACGCUCCUUCUUCUACUCCGCGCAUCGGUCGUCUGGUGCCAGCACAAGGACCAACGCAUGGUGCUAUUGAAAUCACAAUUCUCGGCUCGAAUUUCACCCAAGGGUUGACAUGUCUAUUUGGCGACCGGCCAGCUACUACAUUAUGCUGGAGUCCAAGCACACUUGUUUGUGUUUUGCCAGUAUCACCACAACCAGGACCUGUGGUAGUGUCAUUCAAAGAGCAUCCACUCGUAAUUGAUGGCCACGAUGUUUCGCUGUUUACAUACUACGAUACGAACGACCGAGCGUUGAUGGAACUUGCUCUCCAGGUCGUGGGGCUUCAGAUGACAGGCAAGCUGCAGGAUGCGAAACAGGUUGCGAUGGGUAUUGUACACGGUAACAAGCAACAAACAAAUAAUGGAUCGUCGUCGCCAACACCCGCAUCAUCAGCGCCUAAUCACCAACAACAACAACAAGAAGCAAGCAUGAUCAGUAUGGAACAACGCAUCAUCAAUGCAUUGGAAGCAGUACAAGUAGAUGAUGUGUCACUUAUGAACACCCAAGGCCAUACGCUUCUGCAUCUUGCGGUGCUCUGUGGGUACAAGCGUCUUGCACGAUUACUGGCUACCAAGAAUUCCUGCGAUGUUAAUGGAGCUCAAGACCGAAACGGCAUGUCGCCACUUAAUAUGGCUUUUUGGAAAGGGGACAAAAGCAUGGCACAGGUUCUGCUCGGAAGCAGUAGUAGCAGUGAUAACAAUGUCUUGAGCAGUAAUUGUAUCAGCCGACCGAGCACUCUAGCUGCUGCUACUACUGCUACUUCUGCGCUAUCUACCAGCCAAAGCUGCCUAAAUUUAAACGAUCUACAAUGCACCUCUGCCACAACAGCAACAACGGCAAGAUAUUCGCACCUAAAACAGACUAGCAAACAGAUGAACGGACAUUUACGACGAUACCACAGUUUUCAACAUGAUACUUUAUCUUCGUUCUCAACGCUUCUUUUAUCCAACAAUAACGACAACAACGUCCAGGACAACAACAACAACAACAACAACAACAGGAUCAAUGCACGAGCAUCUGAUAUGGACAAGGACGGAUUAGGAUUGGCGCAACAAAAAUAUGACCAACGAAUGUAUCUGUUUUGGCUGCCGCUAUUGUUGGUCACCCUUGGGUUCCUGUGCUGUCAACUACCAGGAAGACCGUUACUGGCGACGUUAAGUCUAUUCGUUACUACGUAGAGCUUUCCCUCUUUGUAUGCCGAUAUAUAUCCAUAUCUAUACCUAAUCUAGUAUUACUUUAGUAGUGGUGAUGGUAGUAUAAUACGGUUGUAUUAGUAUUAGUAACAUCAUAGGAUUGUGUCAAUAAGACUCC